UCGGCGUUGGUAAAGGCGGCUUUGUUAGAGGGAUGGCUGAAGAGGACUCAGAGGCGUUUGCCAGCGAGCUGCAGGUCGCGGCGGAGCUGCCUGUUAUCCAGCUGUGCGGGCUGGUGGAAGAGCUCAGCUAUGGAAACUCGGCUCUCAAAACUGAGACAGAGAUGUUUGAGAAAUAUUACAAUAGACUGGAAUCCAAGGAGCAGCGACCUCUACGAUUAUCUGAAAUUAAAAGACCGGGAACAGACUUUGCGCAGAUGCGAAGCAGGCAUAGAUCCAAAUCGCACCCAGCUAUUGAACGUACAGCGUGCCUCAGCGUGGACCAAAAAUGCGAGCUUGUGCAGAGGGAGCUGGAGGACAUGAAGGACGAAAUACGGCACCUGCGGGCCAACGCCGAGCGGGACCUGCAGUAUCACGAGGCUAUCAUCGAGGAAGCUGAAAUCCGGUGGGCCGACAUCCAGAAAGAAGUGCAUGAGUUUGAAAAAGACAUCCUGAAAACCAUAUCCAAGAAGAAAGGGAGUAUUUUGGCCACUCAGAAAGUGAUGAAGUACUUUGAGGACAUGAACCGCCGGAGGGACCACCUGAAGGAGAAAUUAUGUUUGAAAAACGUUUCUCUCAAAGUCCAGAGGAAAAAGAUGCUUUUACAAUUGAGGCAGAAGGAGGAGGUGGGUGACGCCCUCCACGACGUCGACUUUCAGCAGCUGAAGAUAGAGAAUGCUCAGUUUUUAGAGACGAUUGACACGAGGAAUCAAGAGCUGAUCCAGCUCAAGCUGUCAUCUGGAACCACCCAGCAGGUCCUCAACUCCUACAAAACCAGGCUAAACCGAGCCAUGGACAUGUCCGUCAGUCUGAAAAAGGAGAUCUCACAGAGAAAGGAGUUACUUGAAAAAAUCGAAAAAGAAAUCCUGCAAGUAGAGGGGGACCGGGCCAAAGACGAGGCUAUGAACAAGAAGCUCCGCAGGCAGCUGAGCGAGUUCCGGGUGCCGCCGGUGAUGCAGUAUGUCAGGGAGAAGGUCCUCAAUGGAGACUUGGAGAAGACCAUCAAAGUGUGGGAGAGGAAAGUGGAGAUUGCAGAGAUGUCCUUAAAAGGCUACCGCAAGGACUGGAAUAAAAUGAAAACCACCAGUGAGCAGUUGCUGGCCAUUGGCUCCGCCGGGAAGUAGCCAGAGGGAGGCCCCGGCUGCAGACCAAGAGGACAUCCAUUAAAACAAUCAACUCCAUCCUAGUCUCAGGGUCCUCUCACUGCUCCCCGUGCUGGCCGGUGUCCCCGACUCUCCAUCCAGGCUGACGGCCGCCUCCCAGGCCACAUCUGCCUGUGCGGGCCAGGUGUCCUCGCCGCCUGGCCCCCAGGUCCCUCACCCUGAAAGAACCACAGGGCACUCGAACGGUUUCACUCGUUAGCCUACAUUUAGUUCACGAGCACAAAUGAAAGUGACCGUCCCGCGUGGGCGAGUGGGACGGAGGAGGGAGAGCCACGGGCCUGCCCGCGGCUGCCCGGGUGGGCGGCGAUCAGAAACAGACACCGACACAGCGCGGUGAAUGCCUGGCCCCCG